GUUCUGUUUUUUAAUUGUCGGUACAGGAAAGUUUUAAGAUAAUUUUGUCUCGUUUAUGCCUAUUUUGUUUAUGUAAUUGUUGAUGGUGGUAUGGUUUGUGUUCUUGUUCAGUUUCUUCAGUUUCUGUCCAGUUUUAGGAAUAUUUAUUUCCCCACAAAUAAUAGAGUUGUUCACCCACUUUACAUCAUUAUUUGUGUUUCGAGGGCCUAAAAUUGCCUAUUUCCCCCCCCCCCCCCAGUAGUACCAAAGAUACUUCUAUCCUAUAAUUACCCUAAAAGGGCGAAGAUAAUGAGAUAAUUAGUGCCAUCCAAAACUAUAUAUAUAUAAGCAGUAGAAAGAACUGGAGACCUGGAAAGUUCUACGUUAUGACGUCACAGCGAGGUUGGGCUCGAAUCCCUUUGCGGGCGGGGCUUCCUGUUCCCCUCCACGCAUGCGCAAGGAUAGUCUUCCUGUGCCAGUCGCCAACUUUCAAAGAGAUAUUUCAACAUUCCACUGGCAUACCAAUGGGCGAGCGAGUUCUGUGAAAUGGUAACCCCAUGCGGCAAUGGUCCUGCAGUCAUGGGCACGCUAGCAGCACCAAAGUCUCCUCAGGAGAACAUGGAAAUCUACCGCCUGGUGGCCAGCUUCUCACAGGACAAUCAGAUGGAGCGAGAGGUUUGGCUUGGAUGGAACAGCAUGAAUCCAUUCAUGUGGGAAAACGGAGCACCAGCAUACCCUCACGGCUUUUCAGCUUUUGACAGUGGCGGACAAGCAGGUGCUAACGGCUGGCCUGUGAACACCAGGAACCCCUUCGGGAUGCCGCCAGGUUUUGCCCCUGUCAUGCGCCGUGAGCUCGGCACCAUUCCUGGACGUCAAGGACCAAACCGCAGGAUGAUCCCAGCAUCGCAAGGACCGGUGUGGCAAGUCGCCGAGCUGACAGGACCCACACAUGCUUUCGUCUGUGAAGUUCCAGCCGGUCAGACGAUAGUUGGGCAACAGCAGCCGACCAAUCCGAACUUUCCCAACCAGCCGAACCAGCCUUUUGGACCUAACCAACCAAAUAACCCCAACCAGCCGUUUGGACCCAAUCAACCGAACAAUCCAAACCAGCCCAAUCAGCCAUUUGCUCCUAACCAACCAACUACCCCUAACCGGCCCAACCAACCAUUUACUCCUAACCAACCAAAUAACCCAAACCAGCCAAACACACCCAACACUCCAAACAGACCCAACCAACCAAACCAACCACGUCUAUUCCAAUAGACUCUUCUUCAGCUACGACGACCAAUCCAGCUCUAAAGUGGGAAAAUUCAUAGAGAUCAUAACUUUAGAGAGAUAUCACUCAAAGAAAACAGAGGUUAUCCAAUACAUGGCACUUCCGCAUUCUGGGCAUCAACUGUGCCAAUGCGUGUAGCAUCCACAUGUUGAUAGUCUUUAGAGUAAUUUAGAAAUUUCAUAACAACUUUGGCCAACUUCAAAACCUUCAUUCCUUGAUACCAUUUAUUCAAACCGGCACGCCCUCAAUUUCAAACUGUUUACAUUCUGCUAAACUCUUAAGACACAUGCCUUGUAACCUCCAGAACCAUUGAAGGUGUUUUGAAAAGUCCUUUGCACCAUGGUAGUGCCAUGGAAUUGUUGUAAAAUUAUCUGUCAGCUGCAUUCCAUCAUGUAACAAUUUUUUUUUCAAUUAAUACAAAUCAAAAGUACCAUGGUUUAACUAGGCCAACUAAAAACAUGACCCAAAUUCCUCUCUUGCGGCAUCGAUAAGUGUUUCUUCGUUACAUCGAGAACCCCUAGAACCGUUAAGAUGUUGUGUAAAUACUUGAUAAACAUUUAACUGAUUGAUUAUAAUGAUAAGAAUAAUAAUAAAGAAAGAUUGUAUUGUUUA